GACAACUCUCUAUCCGUUAUUACUGGAGACUUCAACACAUCGGAUUGUUCCUUUCUUGAAGCUCUUGGUCACACAAACAUAGUCAAAUUUCCCACUCGACUUGACAAAACACUCGACCUCGUUUUUACUAAUGACGAAGGAGUAUAUGAAACACGAAGACGUUCACCGAUACAUAACUCCGAUCACUGCAUUGUCCGCGUUUUGCCAAAAAUAUACAGCAAAACACAUAUUAAAAUCUUCUCACACCUGUCUACGAAAGCACAAGAAAGAUGCUACACAUCUGACAACUUACUCAAUCUAAGAUGCAUGUUAAAAGAUACCAACUGGGAUCUAUUCUAUGAAAGUACAUUAGAUGACUCAAUCACCAAUAUAAUGGAUUAUCUUAAGUUCUGCCUCGACAUAUGCUGUCCCAAACAAACACUGUUCAAACGCCUCGACCGCUUCUCGUCUCCCCGUCUCAAACAACUUCGCAGGCAAAAAGAAAUGUUAUAUAAAUGCAAAGACAAGUUAGGUCUUAAAAAGAUUAAUGCUCAAAUCAAAUCUGAAAUCAAAAAUCUUAAUGCUAUCUAUAACCAAACACUUUUAUCAUGCAAAUCUCCUAACAGCAUGUGGAAACUUUUCAAUGAAAUUACUGGCAAAAGUAAGCGAUGUAAUGUUUUUCCCUCUUGUGAUGUUAAUGCUCUUAAUCUGUCUUUUUUACGCUCUCCUUCUACUAUAACCACUUCUAACGUUACCAAUCUUGUAGCUGAUAACUUCCAGGACUUCAAUACUCUCGAUGUUUUGAAAUGUCUUAAAACUCUUAAGCCCUCACAUAGUCUUGGCCCUGAUAGCAUACCUGCAUAUGUUCUAAAACAAUGUGCAGAUGCUUUAUGUUCUCCUCUAACUAAUAUACUAAAUGCUUCUUUCCGUGAAAACGUUGUACCUGUUCCAUGGAAAGACAUUAAAAUAGUCCCUGUCCCUAAACCUGGAAAUAGCAAGAACGUAAAGUUCAGACCCAUCGCCAUCACUUCCCCGUUUCUAAAGCUCAUGGAAAAACUAGUACUUCUUAAACUCGAACCCUCCCUUAAAAGCUUCGAAGACCCCAAACAAUUUGCCUACAGACAGGGUAGGAGUACUUUAGACGCUGCAGCCGUCUUACACAACAGUAUUAUCUCAUCAUUAGACAAAGGUGCCAAAUAUGUCCGCUGCACGUUUCUUGACUUUACUUCUGCUUUCGACUCUGUACCUAGAAGUCUCUUGCUAAAUAAGCUCUCCAUGACACAAACCGAGUCCUGGGUCACUAACUGGUUGCAUUCCUACUUUUCAAACAGAAUGCAGUACACCGUAUACAAAGGCCAAUCCUCCUCUGCUGUGCUCACAGAAGCUGGUGUCCCCCAAGGUGCUGUACUCUCCCCACUUCUCUUUUCUUUCUUUCUACAUGACCUACCGUCUUCAAAUGACAUUAACUUUGUCAAAUAUGCUGAUGACCUAACUGUGUCUUUACCUGUCAAAUGUCAAAGUGACUGCUCUAAACUAAAUGGCUUCUUAUCGGAAAUUAGCCAAUGGUCCAAGGAAAACGGUCUAACCUUAAACCCCUCCAAAUGCCAAACAGUUAAUUUCACCCUUAGGCAUAAAUCUGACCUAAACAAACUGGUUAGCACUCACGAGGUGUGCAACAUAGAUGGCAGUGAAAUAGAAACCAAGUCGGAAAUUAAAUACCUAGGCGUCACUCUAUCUUCUGAUCUUUCCUGGUCGUCUCAUAUCUUGACGAUUUCCAAGAAAAUAUACCGUCUUACCUUCUACAUCAAGAAGUUAAGACAUUCUGGUGUAACCCAACCCUUACUCCUACAAUUUGUUAACUCCCGUAUUCUGCCUAUUAUUCUCUAUUGCUCCCCCUUAGUCUUUCCUGGGCUAUUGAAGAAAGACUAUACCUUAUUACGUAGGAUGUUAAAGGUUGUCAGCAGGGUAAGCAGCUUGCCACUUAGCCAGCUAGUUAAUAUUCUGGUGGACAGGCAUAUGGACUCAUGUGAAAAAUGGGCGAAAUCCAUUUUAUCUGACUCACAACACCCUCUACAUUCACAACUCUCCCCAUGUAUCUCUUCAGGGAAAACAAGAAGCCUAUAUAGGAAACUAUAUGCCCGCACUAGUAAGUACAAAAACUCAUCCAUACCCUACCUAGCUCGUGUUCUGUGCGAUAAAGAAUGCAUCAGGCAUGAAACCUUUAACUUAUUAAAUAGUCAGUAGAACCAAUGGAUCUUGUCUUUCCAACUCACAUCAUUUAUAGGUACAA